GCUCGGCUGCACAAAAAGUGUGGCCAGGACGACGAGGCGGCUCAUUACUUCAAGAUCAAUCUGGACCGACUGGACGCGCAAAGGGGCCAGGAGCAGGCGAGCACGGAUGCGGUGGAUGCCAUGCUGUUUCUAGCCAACUACCACAAGGCGAGAGGGAACUUCGCCGACGCCGAGGAGUUCUGCACGCGGUUGCUGGACAUUGGCGGAGCCGUCAGGGAGAGGGCCAAGCUGCUGCUGAGAGACAUCCGCAGUCGCCUGGCGCAGCAGGGCGGCCGGCGGCAUGCCCACGGCUCGUCCGGGCCCGCAGGGCCUCAAGGCAGCGCCACGGAUGCGACGCCCGAAUGGUGA